AGGCUCUUCCCGGGCAAAGGGAGGCGGAGGAAGGAGAGGACCGUGCCCGGCCAUCCUCCGGCUUCAACCCCGGGUCCCAUGCUCCCCAGCCUCCCUCUCCAUGCGAAGAGUCCGAGUGGGGGGAGGGGAGGGUCGGCCUUGCGGAGGCCCAGCAGGAAAGGAGAGAAGCCGGGCGAGGAGGAGGCAGGAUUCGCACCAGGCUCCCCGAGGGCCCCAUCCUGUCUCCGGAGGGGGAGAGAAGCCGGACGGCCUCUCCAGCUGCCUCCUUCCCGGGCCUGCGCUGGGAUGAGCCGCUUGGGGCUCCAGGCAGGUUGGCUGAAGGUUGUUCAGUGGCUGAAUUUCUUGGCGUUUAUUUUUCUCUCCAUCUCAGAUACAGAAACUCGAAAUCAUUUGAAAUCUUUGCAAGGCAAACUUUUCUCUUCCUGAGGAAAAAAAGAGCGGAGUCACUUGGAGGAUCAGAGUCCUGAGGCCCCAGAAAUGAUCCCGUGAAGGAAAAGGCAUCUGGAGACUCAGAAGAGUCCUUGGAGCCAUUUGGAGUUGCUCUGCAGGAGAGAGAAAGGAUGGAGACACAACCUUUGGGAAAGGAGGGAGCCGGAAAAGGCCCUUCAGCUGCUCAGCCUGGGAAGCUCUGGACAAGGACUGGGCAGAAGAUCCUGGAGGAGGAAACCAUCCUCCCUUCAGAAGUUCAGCCCUGGAAUUUCAUCCAAUAUUGGGAGGCUGAGGGUCCCCGAAGACUUUGCAACCGACUCCAUGACUUUUGCAGGCGCUGGCUGAGACCAGAAAAACACACCAAAGCCCAGAUGUUGGACCUGGUGGUUCUGGAGCAGUUCCUGGCUCUUCUGCCCCCAGAGAUGGAGAGCUGGGUGCGGGAGUAUGGAGCAGAGACCAGCUCCCAGGCGGUGGCCCUGGUGGAAGGCUUCCUCUUGAGCCAGGCAGAGGAACAGAAGGAGCAGGUCGAGAUGCAGUGUUGCUCUGUGGAGAGCAGAGAUCCUGAGAGAAAGAAGAAACCGUCGAACUCCCCUCAGGAGCAAUUUUUCAGGAGGAUCCCUUCGGAAGAAAAAAGUCAGAACACCUCAGGAGAGAAACAAAGGAUGAAAUUUUCUGGUUUUUAUGAUGACGCUCAAACAACGGUUGAACCUCUAAAUCAAGAGAGUCUUGUGUCCUUCGAGGAGGUGGCUGUGUAUUUCUCUGAGGAGGAAUGGUCUCAGCUGGAUCCUGACCAAAAAGCGCUGCAUUCGGAAGUCAUGCUUGAAAACCAUAGGAAUGUGGUGUCUCUGGGUAAUAAUGGGCAGAAGAAUCAAGAUUGCUGUGAACUGUUCCAAGUGAUCAAUGCUAAAGAUGGAACAGAGAAGUUUGGAAUUCGAAUGGAAUUAGAAGCCCAUGAUAGAAACCAGUCAAAUGAUUGGAAUCAGGAAAGCUCAUCUUCCUAA